AUGGCACAGACCACUGUCCUUGUAACAGGUGCUAACCGCGGUAUCGGUAAAGGACUAGUAACUGCAUAUCUUGCAAAGGCCAACACUACUGUGAUUGCGACAUGUAGAGAACAGUCCGACCAGAAUACGAACGAGUUGUGCUCUCUUACCAGAGGCCACGGCUCUAAUCUCAUAAUUGUCUCUCUUAGCCUUGAUAAGCCGGACAGUGUCCUUGACGCAGUUUCCCAGCUACAAAGGCAUCACUCCGUUAGCAAAGUCGACAUAGUUAUUGCGAAUGCUGGAGUAUGCAAUCACUACGGCCCUCUGGAACGCAUGGCCGAUUCGGACUUGAUAUCUCACUUUGAAGUCAAUACGCUAGGCCCGAUGAGACUAUUCAGGGCGAGUUUGCCGCUUCUACAAGCCAGCAGCCAACCCAAGUUCACCUAUAUCUCUUCCGAGUUAGCCAGCAUCAGUGGGCUUGAGCACUCCUCGUCGUUGACUGCGGCAUACGGUGCCUCGAAGGUAGCCAGCAACUACUUAGUCAAGAAAAUCGACACAGAACAUCCGGAUGUGAUUGCAUUCUCGAUUGAUCCAGGGUUUGUCCAAACCGAUAUGGGAAAUCGCGGCGCGCAGUGCAAUGGGCUAAAGAAAGCUCCGAUGACUAUUUCCGAGGGUGUCGAGGGAAUUGUUAAUCAGGUUGACAAAGCCUCCAAAACAACAACCUCAGGCAAGUUCAUAAAACACGACGGUGAACAGGUGCCGUGGUAG